GUGUUAAGCAAAAAGGAUGUUGUGGAGAGUCACAGUUAUAAUAACCACUAAUAACCAUAAUUAUUCAUCAUAUAAGUAGGACAGACCAGACUGAUACAAGCAGACACUGAUCAGCUGGAGGUUCUAGCUGCCUUGCUCCAGGUCACUUCAGCAGUGUACAGUGAGGGAGGGAGAGCUGUGUGGAGGGUUGUUCAGAGCUGUUGGGACUAAACCAAACUGACUAAUGAAGCAACACACUGAGCUGAAAGCUACAAACAGACUGAGCUGUUGAUUCUCAGUGGGAUCAGCAGGACUAGUAAAGCUUUACCACUACAGGGAGUCAUCUGAUUCUCUGUUCACAUCCAAAUAUCACUUGAUGGACCUUUAGCUUGUGUUUGUCUCUGAGUGGACAGACAUAAUGUGAGCUCAUUCUUCAUGAUUCCUCCACAGAGUGGACCAGGAGAGCUCAGAGGUUCCCAGUGGUCAGUCUGCCCAGCAGCAUCAAACAUACCUGGACUCCAUAUUUAUGCUGCUCGAGGAGAUCAUCGUCACUUUUGUGAAGAACGAGCUGAAGAAGAUGCAGAAGGUUCUGGGUUCAGAUUACCCAGAAUGCUUAGAGAGUCAGAGGGAGGAUGAAGAGGUGUUGGAUGGUGAGGAGGAAAAGCAGAGGAGGAGCAGAGAGGCAUUUCUGAAGAUCACACUGCACUUCCUGAGGAGAAUGAAGCAGGAGGAGCUGGCUGACUGUCUGCAGAGCAGGACUCAUGCUGGCAGGUGUCAACGUAAACUCAAGUCUAACCUGAAGAGGAAGUUCCGGUGUGUGUUUGAGGGGAUUGCUAAAGCAGGAAACCCAACCCUUUUGAAUCAGAUCUACACAGAGCUCUACAUCACAGAGGGAGGGACUGCAGUGGUCAAUGAUGAACAUGAGGUCAGACAGAUUGAAACAGCAUCCAGGAAACCAGACAGACCAGAAACAACAAUCAGACAAGAAGACAUCUUUAAAGCGUUACCUGGAAGAGAUGAACCAAUCAGAACACUGAUGACAAAGGGAGUGGCUGGCAUUGGGAAAACAGUCUUAACACAGAAGUUCACUCUGGACUGGGCUGAAGACAAAGCCAACCAGGACAUACACUUCACAUUUCCAUUCACUUUCAGAGAGCUGAAUAUACUGAAAGAGAAAAAGUACAGCUUGGUGGAACUUGUUCAUCACUUCUUUACUGAAACCAAAGAAGCAGAAAUCUGCAGGUUUGAAGAGUUCCAGGUUGUGUUCAUCUUUGACGGCCUGGAUGAGUGUCGACUUCCUCUGGACUUCUACAACAAUGAGAUCCUGACUGAUGUUAAAGAGUCCACCUCAGUGGAUGUGCUGCUGACAAACCUCAUCAGUGGGAAACUGCUUCCCUCUGCUCGCCUCUGGAUAACCACACGACCUGCAGCAGCCAAUCAGAUCCCUCCUGAGUGUGUUGACAUGGUGACAGAGGUCAGAGGGUUCACUGACCCACAGAAGGAGGAGUACUUCAGGAAAAGAUUCAGAGACAAGAAGCAGGCCAGCACCAUCAUCUCCCACAUCAAGACAUCACGAAGCCUCCACAUCAUGUGCCACAUCCCAGUCUUCUGCUGGAUCGCUGCUACAGUUCUGGAAGAUGUGUUGAAAAGCAGAGAGGGAGGAGAGCUGCCCAAGUCCCUGACUGAGAUGUACAUCCACUUCCUGGUGGUUCAGUCAAAACUGAAGAAGGUCAAGUAUGAUGGAGGAGCUGAGACAGAUCCACACUGGAGUCCAGAAAGCAGGAAGAUGAUUGAGUCUCUGGGAAAACUGGCUUUUGAGCAGCUGCAGAAAGGCAACCUGAUCUUCUAUGAAUCAGACCUGACAGAGUGUGGCAUCAAUAUCAGAGCAGCCUCAGUGUACUCAGGAGUGUUCACAGAAAUCUUUAAAGAGGAGAGAGGGCUGUACCAGGACAAGGUAUUCUGCUUCAUGCAUCUGAGCGUUCAGGAGUUUCUGGCUGCUCUUCAUGUCCAUCUGACAUUCAUCAAGUCUGGAGUCAAUCUGCUGGCAGAAGACCAAACAACAUCCUGGUGGUCUGAAGUGUUUGGAGGCAAAUCAACGUCUUUCUACCAGAGUGCUGUGGACAAGGCCUUACAGAGUCCAAAUGGACACCUGGACUUGUUCCUCCGCUUCCUCCUGGGUCUUUCACUUCAGAACAAUCAGACUCUUCUCCGAGAUCUGCUGAAAAAGACAGGAAGUAGCUCACUGACCAAUCAGGAAACAGUCGAGUACAUCAAGAUGAAGAUCAGUGAGAAUCUGUCUACAGAGAGAAGCAUCAAUCUGUUCCACUGUCUGAAUGAACUGAAUGAUCGUUCUCUAGUGGAGCAGAUCCAACAGUACCUGAGAUCCGGAAGUCUCUCCACUGAUAAACUGUCUCCUACUCAGUGGUCAGCUCUGGUCUUCAUUUUGCUGUCAUCAGAAAAAGAUCUGGAUGUGUUUGACCUGAAGAAAUACUCUGUGUCAGAAGAGGCUCUUCUCAGGCUGCUGCCAGUGGUGAAAGCCUCCAACAAAGCUCUACUGACUGACUGUAACCUCUCAGAGAGAGGCUGUGCAGCUCUGUCCUCAGUUCUCAGCUCCCAGUCCUGUAGUCUGAGAGAGCUUGACUUGAGUAACAACAACUUUCAGGAUUCAGGAGUGAAGCUACUGUCUGCCGGACUGGAGAGUCCACAGUGUGCACUGGAAACUCUCAGUCUGUCAGGAUGUCUAAUCACAGAGGAAGGCUGUGCUUCUCUGGCCUCAGCUCUGAGCUCCAACCCCUCCCAUCUGACAGAGCUUGACCUGAGCUACAAUCAUCCAGGAGCCUCAGGAGAGAAGCUGCUGUCUGCUGGACUGGAGAAUCCACACUGGAGACUGAACACUCUCAGGCUGCAGCCUGCUGGAGUCCGAUGGUUGACACCAGGUCUGAGGAAGUAUUUCUGUCAACUCACACUGGAUCCAAACACAGCAAACAGAGAACUCAAACUGUCUGACAACAACAGGAAGGUGAAACGUGUGAAGGAGAAUCAGUCAUAUCCUGAUCAUCCAGACAGAUUUGAUCACUGGAAACAGCUGCUGUGCAGAAAUGAUCUGACUGGUCGCUGUUACUGGGAGGUCAAGUGGAGAGGAAGAGUUAAUAUAUCAGUGACUUACAGAGGAAUCAGAAGGAAAGGAAACAGUGAAGACUGUGUGUUUGGAAGAAAUGAUCAGUCCUGGUGUCUGAUCUGCUAUGAUGGUGGUUACUCUGUCCGUCACAAUAAGAGAGAAACAUCCAUCUCCUCCUCCUCCUCCUCCUCCUCCUCCUCCUCUUCCUCCUCCUCUGUCUCUAACAGAGUAGCAGUAUAUGUGGACUGUCCUGCUGGCACUCUGUCCUUCUACAGAGUCUCCUCUGACACACUGAUCCACCUCCACACCUUCAACACCACAUUCACUCAGCCUCUGUAUGCUGGGUUUGGGUUCUGGUCUGGUUCCUCAGUGUCUCUGUGUGGUCUGUAGGAGGAAGAGUCUCCUCCUGUUAGAGAAACUUUCUCACUGCUGACCAGUUAGUUCAGUCUGUACAGGAUCACACACAGCUGAUGGUAUUUAGUACCAACAUGAUCUCUCACUGCUUGUAAAUGUAAACAUGGUUUCCACAUGAUUGACAGUUUGUUUGUAAAAUGAAUCAAAUGAUAAACUGAGUCCAGUUGUUGUUGUUUUCUGUUGUUAGUGUAUUAGAAAGGCUUGAACUGUAAUGGGAUAAUGGGAAUGGGAUCUUCACAAUGUUUAGUUGUAGUUCUUCUAGUAGUUUCAUAGUAACUGUGUUACCUGAUUCCUUCACUUAUUUAGAGAUCACAUGACAAAUGAUGGUCAGAACAACAGGCCUCCUAUUGGCUGGUUAAAUGAACACCUCUAAUGGUGAAGGCUGAGGCUCAGCAGCUGGAGUGUGGCUGCUUCUAUGCUGCGUUCAUAUCAUAUGAAUGGAAUGGAAUGAUGCUAAUUAUGAGAUUCUGACUUGUAAAUAGAAUUCAGGUCAACAUCCAAGUGGUAAUUAUGAAGUGGAAAAGCUGAAAGCUCUGAUAUUUACUGGAUAUGCUGGAUUAUUGUCAAUAACAGUAUUUUUGAGCCUCAUUCCACCAACUUUGUAAUCAUGCAGCCGUCUUGAUUUGUUGUGUGACAUGAACACUGGCAAGUUGUAAACAUGGGAAUCUUUCCCGCCUCUACCAUCCAUCGCAUAUGAUGUGAACACAGCAUUAGAGAUGAGAAGUCCAGGAGCUGUUGUGUGUUUCUGACAUACAGGAAGUAUUUAGUUUUUCUCUGGAGUAUUUAUUUAGUUCCUGUGUAGAGAAUAAAGUUCAUGAUGAUCAGUAGCUGAUGUUAGUUUUCUCCAUUUAUUUUUGUGUGUGUGCAUGUUAAUUCAUAUCUAAUUUCAUAUAGUAGAUUGAAGGUAUUUGACAGUUUCAGGACUGUUUAAAGUGUCAGUUUAAUGUGUUUAGCUCACAUUCAGUCUGACAGCUGUUGUUCAUUGACUGUUUCUAAAUAAGUUGUGCAUCAUCAGCACUCAGCUGUCAUGUGUGAUUAAAGCCAGCAGGUGUCACUGUUUAUUCCUUUGGUUCAUACUGACAGAGAUACGAUGAUAAAUGCUGAUGAAUAUUAGCGCCCUCUGGUGGUCAGAGUGACAAACUACAGCACCAUCCUGCACUGUUCAGGAGUUUGUGAAAUGAUGUUCAGAAAUCAUUCAAAGCCUUUUGGCUCUUUGUACAUCCAUGAAGAUGUUUGUGAAUGUGUAUUUGUAAAUGAUGAUGAUGUCUGAAUAAAAUGUGUAAAUGUCA